AUGGCGACUGACCCUCUUCUUUCCGACCCUUUGCUGUCCUUGCGACGAGCAAUUGCAGCUCAAGCUCUCCCAACCCCGACAACCUCCUCAGACGUUUCCAACGCAGCAGACAAUCUCACAGACGACCUCGCAAAAGCCAACUACUUGUACUUCACUCAUCCGAUCCCGCAUACACUCCCACUCAACACAUUAACGCGUUUCGUCUCCCCGGCAAAUAACGAUGCUCAGGUCGAUUUGCGCAGUAUCUUCUUCGCAUGGCAGAAAAAGGAUGUUGCUAUUCCCGAGUACAUUGCAUCGGCGCAGGAGGUUAAUGAGGAGUUGAAACAAAAGAAGGAGCAGGAAGGUGGGAAUGAGGAGCAGGUUUUGAAUUUGGUCUUCGUUGAACGCUUGGAUUUGAUUACUUGGCUCGAAGGUGCUUCGGAUGAUAGUGAAUACAUCAAGCCUCUAGACGGGGCAGCAGCAGCAGUUGACGUUACUGCUACUGUUGUGGCGGUUGAUGCUGCGACUGCUGCUGUGCCCAAAGCAGCGGUCCCAGCGGCAGCAGUUCCAGGCGCAAGGCCGAUUAAAGUGAUUGAUCCUCAGUUACAGGAGAUUUACAAUGGAGAGCGGAAGUUGGGUGAUCGGAAUACUGUCCUGCGUGGCAUAAAGCCAACGGACUUCUCGCAUAUUCGCAAAACUGCAGAGAUCUUUCUUGGUCGCAACCGCAGCUCGCGCGGUCAAUAUCCACCUGGAAGCAACAAGGGUUCUGUCGGUAAAGGAGGAAUCAUUGUCCCACCUCCUUCAGCCGGUCUUGCACUUCCCAAAAAACCAGGCUCUUCCUCGACAUCAGGAAGCUCACGACGUCCCGAUCCCAUCAUUCUCCUCUCUCCAUCCGCCUCAUCACCCAUCCGCCUCUCUAAUAUCAAGGCAUUCCUUCAAGAUGGUGUCUUUGUACCCCCCGACCAUCCCACACUAGCAUCCCACACAACCUCAAACAUGCAAAUCAUCACGCGUCAAACCCGCAUCGGAAACGCAGCAGGCAGCCAAGGCGGCAGCGGUGGUGCAGGCGGCGCCGCACCAACCAACCGAAGACCAACACGCUUCAUCCUCGCCGACAGCACAGCAAACUUCAAACCAGAUUACUGGCAACGACUCGUUGCCGUCUUCACGACCGGUCAAGCAUGGCAAUUCAAGACAUACAAGUGGUCCAACCCGCCUGAACUCUUUAGACAUGCAGCUGGUAUCUACGUCGGCAUGUCUGGCGAACAUGUCCCGAAUCAGAUCAAAGAUUGGGGUCGUGGUGUGAGCACUUUCACUCUAGCUCGCUGGGACGAGAAGAAGGGUGUUGAUGGUUCUGGGCGAUGGCUGGAUAGGGAGAUCGUUGAACAUAUUUGGGAUGUUAUUGAGAAUAAUAUGAAGGCUAAAGGGUGGACGAAAUGA